AUAUUUUGGAAAGUAUGGUAGUGCCUUCCAAAAGUUUUUCAGUGCUGAUCUGAUCUUACCAUGUGCUUUUAAAAGAUCGAGAUAUAUUUUCUUUAUCUUUAUAAAUAUAGGUGAGACCAUAAUUGAGCUUGUCCACUACAUCCUUAUCCAUGACUUCCAAUUCCCUUGUCACUGUGUUGUUGCUCCUCGCUAUGUUAUUCAUUAGUGAGGCAGCUCAACAGCCAUCUUCUCCUAUCCAAAUUAAACUCGGCUCAAAAAUUUCUCCGAAAUCUGAUUCCAGCUCAUGGUCUUCUCCUUCUAGUAAAUUUAAAUUUGGCUUUUAUGAACAAGGGGAUGGCUUUGCCAUUGGAAUUUGGUUGGUGGGAAGAGAUUAUAUUACAGUUGUGUGGACCGCUAAUCGUGAUGAUUCCCCCGUCACCUCAUCUAAUGCUACACUUUCACUGGAUGAAAAUGGGAAGCUUCUCCUGAGAACUAAUGAUGGUCGGAAAGAGAAACUCAUUGCAAAUACAACCUCCUCUGCUACCUAUGCUUCCAUGCUUGACUCCGGCAAUUUUGUUCUAAGUAAUCAUUCCGGCCAUGUCAUAUGGGAAAGUUUCCAAAAUCCUACCGACACUCUUCUUGGAGGUCAAGUUCUUCUUUCAGAGCACCAGUUGUUCUCUAGUCUAUCUGAGACUGACCGUUCAACAGGACGGUUUCGUCUCAAGAUGCAGGUUGAUGGUAAUCUAGUCCUCUACCCACUAAACAGUGAUGAUAUACGUGCGAAUGAAUACUGGAGUUCAGCCACAGCCGACGGCCACUUCAACUAUUGCCUGUAUGUUAACACAACUGGAGAACUAUCCAUUGGCAACGGUUCUUUUUUUCGUUCGCCCUUGUAUUAUCCAUCUUCAAAAGGCAACCAAAACGGUAUAAUAUAUCGUGCAACGAUUGAUGCUAAUGGUAUAUUUAAGUUGUAUUCUCAUACCCCAGAUAAAAAUGGAAAGCUCAACGAACCUGAUAUGAUGUGGUCGGCCUUGAAGAAUCCAUGUGAAGUAAAAGGUUUUUGUGGGCUUAACAGCUUUUGCACAUUUUUUGACGACCAACCCAAUUGCAUUUGUCUUCCUGGUUCUGAUUAUGUUGACUUCGACAAGAAAACUCUUGGCUGCUUGAAUAACUAUUCCGAUGGAGGGUGUAUAGGUGGGAAAGUAAACGUAACGCAUUAUGGUAUAGCAAAAAUGGAGAAUAUAAUGUGGCAAGAUAUUGGUUAUAUGGAAGCAUCCAUGUCCGUGGAAGAAUGCAACAAUUCGUGCUUGAUAGACUGCAACUGCGGGGCAGCUCUGUUCAAGAAAGAUGAUCGUGAAAACGAUGUCUGUAUGAAACAAAAGCUCCCAUUGAGAUAUGUUAGAAGGGUUGAUUACGAGGAUGAUCCCACAACGGCUUUCUUCAAGGUGGACACAUCUAAAACCAGAAAUGAUUCCAUUGACGAGCAUCCAAGAGUCGACGGCUUAAGCAAAAAUGAUUUGAUGAGAACUCUUGUUUUGGUUUUUGGUACGGUCAUUUUUUCAUGUGUUUCCAUCUCAAUUUCAUGCCUUUACAUUUUUAAAAUUCGAUUUCUGAAGUACAAAAGGCUGAGAAAGAUUAAGGGACAAUUUGGCUUGGCCGAUGAGGAGCUUACUUUGAGGGUUUUUUCAUACAAUGAGCUUAAGAAAGCAACAAACAGUUUCAAAGAAGAGUUGGGAAAGGGCUCGUUUGGAGCAGUUUACAGAGGGGCUUUAAACAAAGGUAGAAAACUUAUUGCCGUGAAAAGACUUGAGAAGUUUUUUGAAGAAGGCGAAAGAGAGUUUCUAGCGGAGAUGCAAGCAAUCAGCAGAACAAACCACAAGAACUUAGUCCGGUUGAUCGGUUACUGUGCCGAGGACUCAAGAAGGCUCCUGGUUUACGAAUACAUGAGCAAUGGUUCUCUUGCAGACCUUCUAUUUAAAAAAGCAAAUCCUCCAUGUUGGGAAGAAAGAGUGAGAAUUGCAAUAGAUGUUGCCAAAGGCAUUCAUUAUCUACAUGAAGAAUGUAAGAAGACCAUCAUUCAUUGCGACGUGAAACCUCAAAACAUUUUGAUGGAUGAUUUCUGGACUGCCAAAAUCUCGGACUUCGGGCUAGCAAAAUUGUUGAUGCCCGAUCAAACAAGAACUUUCACUGGGAUCAGAGGGACAAGAGGAUACUUAGCCCCAGAAUGGCAGCAGAACACUCCAAUAACUGUGAAGGCAGAUAUAUAUAGUUAUGGAAUAGUACUGUUGGAGAUUAUAUGCUGCAGAAGGAACUUAGAAGUACAUGUUCCAAAUGCGGAAGAGAUCGUUCUUUCAUAUUGGGUUUAUAAGUGCUUUGCAGGUAGAGAGCUGGGUAAGCUUGUGGUGGGUGAAGAUGUGGACAGAAGGACAUUAGAGAAGAUGGUAAAAGUGGGAUUAUGGUGUAUUCAAGAUGAACCAGUUCUUCGUCCUUCAAUGAAGAGUGUAGUGCUUAUGUUGGAAGGCAUUACUGAUAUUUCUGCUCCUCCAUGCCCUACUUCUUCGUCCAUGUGAGCCUCAACACUUGGAGGGAAUCAAUUACCAGUGGCUUCUUUAUUAUCGACAUCUUUCUUUCGUUAGUAAUGUAAUUUUUUUAUUUUAUUUUUUUUGUUUUUUGUGGGUUGGGGGAGGGGGAUAUGGAGAGAUGGCUUAAUUUCAUGUAAUACUUUUUCUUUUCUUUAGUUGGGAUUUGCAUCUGCGUAUGUAGUUCUAUGUUUUAUGAAGAAAUUGGCACAAGCGCUAGUGACGUUGAUUCCA